UCUCUGCAUCGCCCACUCACUCACUCGCUUGUUCACCUCCAGUCUUUCUGGUCUCGCGAACAUGGCCUCAAUGAGUAAUGGAAAUACUCCAACAGCCCCAGAGGAUGCGAGCAAACCACCUGAGGGAGUGGUCUUGCCACCCAAGGAUAUUCGAGCGAUCGUCGAGAAGACGGCUGGUUACGUCGCUCGAAAUGGCAUCGUCUUCGAAGAUCGUGUGCGCGAAAAGGAACGAAAUAACCCCAAGUUCUCCUUCCUAAACUCGAACGAUGCAUACGCACCAUUCUACCAAUGGCGUCUCACCGAAAUCAAAGAGGGACGAGGGACGGAUGUGUUGACCGGCCGCCCAGGAGACGCAACUCCAGCUCCAGCGCCCGAAGUACCCCAGGGUCCGGAAGAACCUCCGGAGUUCCAUUUUUCAGCCCGAAUGCCCAUAAUUAACGCACAGGAUCUGGAGGUUGUCCGGCUUACGGCUCUUUUCGUCGCCAAACGUGGCAAGGCAUUCAUGACGGCCCUCUCGCAACGAGAAACGCGAAACUUCCAGUUCGAUUUCUUACGCCCGCAGCACAGUCUUUAUCAAUUUUUUACGAGGCUAGUCGAUCAAUACACUAUGCUCCUACGGCCAGAGGGCAUUGAUGAGGCGACGUCAGAGAAGAAACGGCUUGCGGAGCUGGAACAGAACGUGAAGAGCAAGUUCCAUAUUCUGGAUCGCGCCAAACAGCGGGCGGAGUGGGUGAAGUACCAAGAACAACAGAAGCAAAAGAAAGAGGAGGAAGAGGAGCAAGAACGGAUUGCCUACGCCCAGAUUGACUGGCACGACUUCGUGGUCGUGGAAAGCGUCCUCUUCACCGAGGCGGACGACCCAGUCGAUCUUCCUCCCCCAACCUCCCUCAACGACCUUCAAUCCGCAUCCCUCGAGCAGAAAGCAAUGAUGUCUCUGAACCCACUUCGCAUCGAAGAAGCCAUGCCCACUGACGAAGAAGUCCCAACCUACUAUAACGCCUACCCAGUACAGCCCGAACCCCAACCCUUCAUCCAGCCCGCGGGCCCUGUAUACCCCAUCCAGCCACAACUACCUCAAGCUAUCCCCGCCGCCCCGGCCAUUGGCGCCGCUACCACAGCAGCCCAGGAAGAAGAACAGCGCAUCAGGGAGCGCAUGGAAGCCCGUGAACAAGCCGCUGCCGCCCAAGCUGCCGCCAAAGCACCCCCUAACCAACAGCAACCGAUGCGUAUUCGCUCCGACUACGUGCCGCGAGCCCAAGCCCGCCGCCUCAACCCCGCCGGCGCCACCGCCCUCUGCCCCAACUGUAAACAACAGAUCCCCGAAGCCGAGCUAUCCCAACACAUGCGCAUUGAGAUGCUCGACCCGCGAUGGAGAGAACAGCAAGCCAAGGCACAGUCCCGAACAGCCACGACUAAUCUAUCUACCGCCGAUGUCGUCGGUAACCUGAAACGACUCGCCAGCCAACGAAGCGACGUGUUUGAUUCCACUGCACUCCAGAAUAUCCCUGACCCAGAGGAAGAAGCGAGGAAAAAACGCAUGGCGUACGAAGGCGCUCCCGGUGGUGGACCCAUGCAGCAACAGCCCACAGUAGGUCCUAUGGGCGGGCCGCCGAACCCGCAGAACAUGAAUAUCGAGGAACAGAUCAGACAGCUUCAUAAGCGGUACAAGCAAGAGUCAUCUGAACCCUCUUCCUAUUCGGGUUGAUUUGGCCUUUCUUGUUCUUCUUCUUUUUUUUUUUUUUCCGCCCCCAAUUAUCACUUGAGAGUGGACGU